CCCAAAUUGACCAAUGGAAUGAUUUGUACUUGAGCGCGUUCAUUGACAUUGCCAAGAUGGCGUCAUCCUUGUAGUUUUUAUAAAACAAAUUAUUUUAGGUAAGAAAUGGCAACAAGUCAAGAAAAGAUGAAGUCCCUAUUUGAGGACCUUGGGAAACCAACAUUGCGAGGGGUAAGGAAAUGUCCAAAGUGUGGGACAUACAAUGGUACCAGGGGAAUAAGCUGUAAAAACAAACAAUGUGAUGUUGUUUUUAAGGAGAAGGAGAAAAAGAAAACAAGCAGUUGUGAAGCUGUGAAAAUUGUCACUGGCUCUACUGUUCAAGUUUUCUCUGUAAGACUUCGAGACAGGGGACCAGACUACAGAGGAUUUGUUCAGCUUCCUUUGGUUCAAGAUCUAGAUGGGAAUCCAGCACCUAUGGUUGAUGUGUCAAUUCUUGCCUCGGCUGCCAGGUGUUAUGUAGAUGUUUGUACAAGAGCAUCACAGAUUGUCAAUGAGACGUGUCCCCAUAUCAAAGCUGCAAUAGAGUGUAAUACCGAGGCCCAGCCUCUCACUUUAAAAAACUCUGUCCUUAACUCUUUACAAGUCAGUAAUGAGAUAAAACAAGCAAUAUGGCUGCUUGCCACAGAAACUACAGGUCCUCUUGUACAGCGUGUUUCUAAGAAUAUCAUGGUUGUAAAGUGUAAGCCAAAUCCCAAGCAGCCACUUGGUUUUUUACAUUUUGCUUUCUUUGAGUCUGCAAAAGGUAAAACUCAAGCUCACAGAUUCCAGUGUACGUGUAAAGCCUUUAAGGGUGGUCCAAAGACUCCUGGGAACGAUGAUAUAUUCAAGAGAUGUGUUCAUUUUUAUGCUUGUGUAUGUGCAUUUGCCAGUGAUGAGAAGCUUCAAGAAGAAUUUGCCUUCUAUCUGGAUCUUAAUGGCGGCAGCGAGUCAAAUACUAACUCCACAAACAAUUCUGACUUACUUGGUAUGAGACUGGUAGAAGAGAUGCCAGCAACAAUACCAGAUCAACAAUCAGAUCAGUUGAUCACUGUGUGUGAGGUGGAUCUCAAUGAUCAGACCCAGGAACUAGAGGUAGUUGUCUCCGAGGAGUUAACAGAAACACCAGCUAAAAGGAAAAGAAAAGAGGAAAUAGUUCAAGCAAGUAGUGCUCUAUUAACUCUUCAAGAAUCCAAUAUGAAACCUGGUCGAGUUGUUAAUAACCAUGGAAAACACACUCCACACAAAAAUGUACAAGUUGCCGUCUCGAAAAAGCCAGUAAACCCUUAUCAGAUAAUUGAGGAGACUGAAGUUGUAGCAUCAUUCCAUUCCUGGUUAGCUAGUGUAACAGAGAGGAUAAAUCAAACCAUGCAUUAUCAGUUUCCUGGCACCCCAGACCCACUUGUGUUCCAUGCACCUCAGUUCUUUUUUGACUGUCUACAGCAGAGGAUAUCUUCUGGAUAUAAAAAGAAAAGACUGCCAAAUUUUACUACAGCAUUUGUGAGAAAAGACGCCCUGCCCCUCGGCACAUUUACAAAAUACACAUGGCAUAUAACAAAUAUAUUACAUGUUAAACAGAUUUUUGAUACACCUGAGAUGGCGUUAGAAAUUACACGAAAUUUUGUGGAGAAUAGGGAUUCGACAUAUGAUCUAUAUGAAGUACCCAGAAUAGAAGAUGUCGGCGACAAAAGUCAGAUGCCUAUUAGACCAUUUGAACUGAAAACAUUUCUUAAAGUUGGUAAUACUCAAGCUGAUCAGAGAGAUCCAACUCCAUUUAUCAUAGAAUGGAUUCCAGAUAUCCUGCCAAAAUCUCACAUAGGAGAACUGAGGAUCAAGUUUGAGUAUGGUCACCAGCGUAACGGACAUAUAGAAAUGAGGGCAGCCAAUGCUUCAGAACCUACCCCAGUAUCAAUACAUCCAAAUUUACACAUGAAUCCAGUGUUAUGAACACACAAUUUUCACACCAUAUCACUGGCUGCAAAAUUUGAUUCCAUUUUAAGUAUUGAACAGUGAUUCUUUUAUCUAACUUUUCUAGCUGUCUUUUAUAAGAACUGUGAGGGUAUCUUGGCACCUGUUUGUAAAAUAAUUAACAGCCAUAUUAGAUGACAGUUCUUUUAAUACCCAUCUUUACAGUCUUUCACACUCUUGCACACAUGUUUUUAGGAUAUCAUUGUAUAUGGGGAUAAACUUGAAUAGCUAUCUGGUAUCAAUUUCUCGAUUUGUUAUAUAAAUCUUUACAUUAUCUUCUGUAAGAAAUUUUAUACAGUGUUAACCAAUUUUGAAAGAAAAAUAAAUGAUCAAUAUAAA